GAGAGUUCAACUACAGCUCUUCAUCUCCAUUUAUCAAUUAGGGUUAGGGUUUUAGCAAAAGUAUGGACACUCCCGAAUCUAAAUCAACUAUUGCUAACAACACCAAAAUCAAAUUAAUCAAUCCUACUUCAUCAGAUUCUUCCGCUUUUCAAGACUCACCUGUAUUCAAUUACAUAAGCAAUCUGUCUCCCAUACAGCCUGUCAAGGCUGGGCCUGUUGCUCAAGGAUUCCCUGAGCUAGCUUCACCUCCACUUGUAUUUACAUCACCACGCAUAACUUCACUGCAUAGCUUCGGUAACAGGAAGAUACGAUCAUCUGGUUCUAAUUCAGAAUUUUCUCAAGACCAUGACAAUUGUCAGAGAAACGAGAGGGACCUGGGUCAUUCAAUGAAAGUAGUUCCUGAAUUUCUUAGUCCACUGGUUCCUAGUGAUCAAAAGACAUGUAAUACCGAAAAGUUAGUAUCAGUUGCGCAUUGCAGUCCGUCUGGUUGCUUUGAUGAUUACUUAGGCGAUCCAGGGCAAUCUGCAAAUUUUACACAUAAAAUGCAAUCUUACAAUGCUCCUCCAUCUACUAAAGGUGGUUGUUUGAAGAAAAUAGGUGUUGUUACUGGCAGAGAUAUGGGUCCGUUUUGUUCUGCAUCGCAAAAGGGUAAAGAUAGUGCACAACCAAAGUCGAGAAUCAGUGUUAAGCUGGUUAAAAAUGAAUCACGGCAUAUGACAUUAUCGUCUGAAUGUUCAGGUGCCUUACCGAGGUUGUUAACAGAUCAUAUAUGUCAAAGUGGAGAUUCUUUCAGUGAGGUACCUAUUUAUUUUGUUUGCUUUCUUGUUAGUGAAUGUUUGUUGAGCGAAUGA